CCGAAGAUGGCGUCCCGCGAUGAAGCAGGAAAACCGAUUUCACAUUCACUAAUGUUUCUUUCGCGCAGGUUUUGAGCGGAUUCUUUCACUCUGAAGAGGACUGAGAACAAUUUCGGUGAUUAAAGACAGAGCAGAUUCUCUAAAUGGCUGCGAGGAAGUCUGGAUCAGAUAUCCACAACAAUGGACCCAUCAGCUACCUUGAUGACGUUCCCUUCAAGCUUAAUGAAAAGUUUCGCUGCCCAGCAAAAGUGGGACUACCGAUCGGCUUCUGUCUGCCGGACUGCAACACUUUACUGUCAGAGAUGCAGUACGACUUCUCUCUGGAAAAGCGUAGUGUGUGCUGGGGAGACGAACUGGCCAAAGCACGGGCUUCUGAGGCUUGGGAAGCUGAAUCGAUUCUGGCGGAGUCUGAGAAAGACAGGCAGGCUGCCCUACAGGACUCUGAUGCUGGGCUAGCUGGUGGAAAGAAAGCCAGAUCUGCCGAGGAGCAGGACCUCCUUCCUCCGGCGCUGAACCCAGUCCUGGCGGGACUACGGCACAACGCCAUCCUGACACCGCUUCCUGCGCCGAGCUUUGGUCCAGCGCAACCAGCAGCUAGCAACCCGGCUCCUCAAAGCCUUAAUCUGGCUGAUUUCGAGCGUGAAGAGGACCCCUUCGACAAGCUGGAACUCAAAACUAUAAAUGACAAAGAGGAGCUUCGCAGUAUCCUCCAGAGCCAGCCGCAGUCGUCCAUGUCUGUUUCAGCUUCUGAUCCCUCUACCCAGGAACCAAACGACACACCACAUGUGCAGUCCAAAACAGCCAUCUUCCAUAAACCCAAUGGGCUGGUGGGACUGCUGGACUUGAAACAGCCUGGUCUUGGGGGUAUGGGAAGCCCCACUGGGCAAAUGGACACUGGACGCCCGUGCAACAUUCGCUCACUGACUUUCCCCAAGCUGUCAGACCCGGGCGAUUCUCCCACAGACCCUCCCUUUAAUCUAUACCCAGCAGCACCACCACAAUCCCGCAGCUUACCUAAUGGUACCCCACCAUCCCUGGUCAGAUCAACACCACACACUAGUGCUACUCUGGCUGUAGAGUUACCAGGUCACGCUCACAAUGGAAUGCCAAAGCAGUCGAACCCGGCCCCUGCAGCCGGCGCUCCUUCAUGCACGUCGCAUGCGGGCGGAGCUUUGAACAGCCUCUCGCCCAGCGAGCGCCAGUGUGUGGAGACUAUAGUGGGAAUGGGCUACUCUUACGAGGGGGUUCUUAGAGCCAUGCAGAAACAAGGCCAGAACGUCGAACAGGUGCUGGAGUACCUUUUCGUUCACAGUCGACUGUGUGAACGAGGCUUCGACGCCACAGCAGUGGAAGAGUGUCUGGAGAUGUACCAGUGCUCUGAGGAAAAGGCUCUGCAGUUUUUACAGCUGAUGUCUCGAUUUGGUGAGAUGGGCUUUGAGAAAGACGCCAUUAAAGAAGUCCUGUUAAUGCACAAUAAUGACCAAGACAAAGCUCUGGAGGACUUGAUGGCUCGCACUGCUGCAAGCUGAACCAGAGCGGUCUCGCCCUAGAGCCACUCCCCCCGCUUCCUUACCCUUCAACACUGCAACCGCUGAGAGACAGGAAGAGCAAGCAUGUGAAGGAAAUAAAGGUGGGGUAUUUGCUAAGAGUGUCUCACACAGGACCACUGGACACACAUCCCUUAAAUCAUGCCCUUUGAGGUCGAGUUUGAUUGGACCAUUCAUCCUGUCUUAUUUCUGACCUUUUAAGUAUUGUUCGUGCGAUUGUGGGCAGGAGAAGACAGCGCCAUCGUUCCUUCUUUAUCGCCACGGAUGGCAAGGGGGCUUUUGGUGGUGCUGGAAAGACGGAGCUGGGGGGAACCCAGUGUGAGCGCGGCUCUACGGGACACGGACUCUGCUACUGCGCUGCUAUCUCUCGCUGCUGGACGCAGACUAUUUAAUUCGAUGCGAAUCUAAUACACACCCGUGUCAUGUCUGAACAGACACCUGAAAGAAGUGCCCUUUCUGUUCUUGCUACUGACUGGCUUCAUUUCUUUGUUCUGUCUCUGCUGUUUGUUUGUUUAAUCAAAUGUGCAGCUGUUGAGCUGAUAAACCAGACAAAACCAGAUUUUUGUUCAUUCUGUCUUUAAAAAAAAAUCAGUUUCUUUGCCAUGUGAAAUAAAUCCAUUAACAGAACUAAUGACCACAGUGCAUGUUGGAGGAAAAAUGACAUUUAAGAGACAGGAAACCUGGAGCCGAAGGGCUAGAUGACACAAGCACAUAGAAUUAUAAAUAUUAUUAUAAAACUAUUUCAAUUUGUUGAAGAUCACUUACUUAUAUCUUCAGUCUGUAAUAAAGACUUGGAAAAUCUCUACCAUAAGUACUUUACAUUAAAA